AUGAUUUAUGGGACAUAUUUGAAAAUAGCUUGUCAAUGUUGCAUUCAAAGCCAUAUCACAGGAAAUUGUAAUCAUUUAGGUCAGGGACUCUUGGACUCAUGUGUUUUGGGUAUGGGAUCAAAAGGUUGUUUAGAGGUUUUAGUUGGAAAUAGAAGACCCAAAAAUGGUGAUUAUAUUAGGAUUAUUUUAAGUUCUGCUGAUUUGGUUUCAGAUCGUAAUAAAGUUUGUGCAAUUACAAAUGAUUUUGAAUACCAUUGUGGUCUUGAUUGCUGCAAAGAAAAGCCAACUGAUGUAUAUAUUGAUGAUGUUAAUGCUGCUUUUUUAAAGGUUCCAGGAGAUUGCAACCUUUAUGACUUGAAUGAAUGUGUUGAAAAGGGUACACCAAUUCAAUGUAAAGAAAUUCCAUAUUGUUUUCUCAAUAAUACACAUAACUAUAAUCAGGGUGCUGCUAAAAACAGAUUGGAUGAAGAGAAUCCCAUAUUAUCAUUUAAUGAGAUAUCAACUCCACAAUCUAUAAGUCCUGUUCAUUCACCUUUUCCUAUGCUAGAAGAAUUAUUAGCAGAAUCUCCAAGUCUACAUAAUCACAAUGAUAUGUCACCAAUUGAUUUUUCUUCAUCCCCAACAUAUAAAUAUAAUACAAUAACUCAAGAUCCAAAAUUAGAAGGGAAAUUUAAUUAUGAAGUUGAACCACCUUUGAAUAAUAAUGCUGCUAAUGGAUCAACUCCAAUUUAUCAUCAAAAUUUGAUAAAUAAUGUUCCAUUUAUUCCAAACUCUAAUAUAUUACCUUUCCCAGGACAAAUUGAUAAUUCAAAUUAUUUCCAACCAGCUAAUAACAAUGCUAUACAUACCUAUGGCUCAAAUAAUUACCACAAUUCAUUCAACAAUAAUCUGAAUAUUACAUAUACAUCCUCAAAUCCUUCUGGUUAUUUAAUCAAUACUGUUCCUAAUAUCCCCACCUUGAAUAAUAGCCCAUUCCCUGCAAACGAUAAUGAGAUACCUCACCCAGGGACAAUUGGUGGUGACUCUCCCAAUUUAUCAUUACCUGGCUACUCAAUUGUUAAUUUUCAUAAUAAUACAACUACUCAACAACAAUACGAACAAGUUUUUACAAACCAAUUUUUAGUUAAUACUGAUGAGAAAGAAGUUGAUGUUACCAACUCAAAUUCACAGAAGACUCCAAUUUAUCAUCAAUUGAAUACUAAAUUUUAUAAAUUUAUAUUUGUAAGACCUAAAAAUAUAAAGCAAUGUCAAGGGUUGUAUGCAGAUGAAUCAGAAAGUGAUGAAGAAGAUUAUGAAGAUUAUUAUAUUGAAAGAAAAAAGAAGAAGCAAGAAGUGGUUGGAAUUAAUGACAAAAUUGUGGUUGAAAAGUAUGGUAAGUAUGAUGUACAUGAUGAUGAUGGAUAUGAAGAUGCAAAAAUUCCAAACAUCCAUUUAAGUCAAGAAGAAAAGAAUAAAUUUAUGAAACAUUAUGAACAAGUUAAAUUGGAUUAUGAAGUAAAUAAAAUUUGUGCUUUGAAACAUGGUAAUAUCAAUCCGUUUUAUUUAUCAGCAUUUAAUCCAAUGAAUAAUUAUAAUAAUUUAAAAGAAAAACUUGGAAUUACAAAAAAUGAUAAAUUUAAUCUUGAAAUAGUACCUCAAACUGUUAAUAAUUAUUCUGUUAAUCCUACUGAUGAUCAAAUUAUUGAACAAGUUAAUAAACAAUUAAAUGGUGUUAAUGCAAAUAAAUUAUAUUUUGAUGGUGACAAGUUUGGUAAAGAUUUUAAUUUAGAUGAGAAAUUAUAUCAAAAUGAUCAAAAUUUAAACAAUGAUUGUAAUUUUUUACAAAAUGGUUAUAAAGUUGAAUUGAGUAAAUCUCAAAGAAAAUUUCAAAAAGAUAUUGGUUAUUGGAAUAAAAAUUUACCUUCAUCUUAUUUAGAUGAAUCAAAAUUUGAUGAUAAUUACAAUUCAAAUGAAAUUUUAGGUACAUCAAUUAAAGCUAAUGAUAUUAAUAAUUUGAAUUUUAAUAAACAAAAGCAGGUGAAUGACAAUAGAUUACAUACUACUAGUUAUAAUAAAUCAAUUUCUCAAAAACCAAUAAUUCCUGUUGUUUAUAAGGGAAAUAAACUAAAAACCCCCUUUAAACAAGAUGAUGAAUUAUCUUCAAAUGAUUCAGAUGAAAGAUUUUUAAAUUCUUGA